UUCUACAUGCCCCCAUUUUGCAUCGCAUUUUAAUCGGCUUCUACCGAAAAAGUGUAAAAAAUGCGAUAAUUGUAAUCAAGAUUGUAGCCUCCUGCGUUUAAUAAUGUAAUUCUUUAAUGAAGAAAACAAUCGGUACUUAAGUGAACUUCCUCACAACGUAUUGACGGAAAGUUGAUCAAAAGGAGAAGACAUGGAAACAGAUUCGAGACGUAAAAGGAGUCCGAGUGAGGAUUCCGAUGACGCUCGUAGACGAAGGUCACGGAAAUAUGACAGAUCUCCUUCUCCGAGGCGAUCUAGGUAUCGGAGAUCCAGAUCUAGGGAUCGACGAUCUCGCUCUUCUUCGAGAGACAGGAGAAGAAAAGAGACAGCCAGGCCUCAAGAAUGGAACAAAGCGUCUGCUGCCCCUCAAACUCAAACCACAGCGCCUUCUACAACGCCUGCGGGCUAUGCCCCUCCGGUUCAGUACCAGGGUCCACCACCGCCAAACACAACUCAGCCCCCUCCACAAUUGGGAUCAUACGCACCGGGUUACAACAACUACAACUACAAUUACGGUCAGGGCUACGAAUACAGCUACCAACAACCACCGGGCUAUCGCAGCGAUUAUCCGCCGCCGAACUGGCAGGGAAAUCAAGUGCCAUAUAACAAUCAGCAAGCGCCGCCACCACCCACGCUGACGGCGGCGUCCCAGGAGUCGGGACGAACAGUUGAACCUGUUCCGCCUGGAAUGGUGCCACCGACUCUGCCAAGACCCGAAGACGCCAAGAAAGAAGCAAUCGCAGCUGAAGUGAAACAGCAAAAAGCAACACUAGCAAAGCAGCGAGAAGAAUACGUUAAGAAAUCGGGAACGCUUCAGCGUGAAUUGGAAAUAUUGCGACAGCAGUGCGAUGAAAUUGGGAAAGAAACGGGCGGAAGGGAGAACAACCGAAUCAUCAAAGAAAAUCAGAAAUUGCAGAUUGAAAUUCAAAAUAAAAUGAAGUCAAUUCACAACGUGAUCGACAUGCUCAGUGGCAUAAUCGGCGAUAAAGUGACCGUGGACGACCUGAAGAACAAAUUCAAGCCCGAAUCGAACAAGCGUUUAAAAAGUCCGAAAGAGGAAUUUCCGUCGGAAAAAACGGAGACGCCCGAAAAAACGGCGCCACCGGAACUCGAUCGGGACAUUAAGCACAGCAAAGAUGAGAAACCGGCUUAUAAUUUUGUGCAUUACGAUCCCGAAAUGCACUGGUGCAAAGUCUGCGAUAUCUUUCCAAAAACCGCUAAGGAAUAUUUGAAUCAUCUUCAUAGCAAUGAGCACAAGGAGACUUGUCUGGAGCGCAAGAUUGUCGAUAUGCCGUGGCACGAGCACAUUGGAGACGCGUCGGAAAAAGAAGUGCCCUACUUUCCCGGUCUACCAACGAAAAGAACGCCGAUAAAAGGAUUGCAAUUCUUCAGUCCGGCCACCGCAUGGUAUUGCAAACUCUGCGAUGCUUGGAUUGGCGAUCUUCACUGCGCUAGCCUCCAUUUGAAGUCGAAACGACACUCUGAAAACUUUUCGCGUUUUGUGGAACAGAAUCCGCACUGGGAGACGGACUGGAUGGCUGAUCGUGAGAAGGCAUUCUCCGAGGAGAAGCACAAGCAAAUCCAGCAGGAAUUGCAAAAGCAGAAGGACGACGUGCAGCAGCCGUCGCUCGCUUCGAAGCCGAAGAAGGCAAAAAAGAGUAAGAAAAAGUCGAAAAAGAGUAAGAAGCGCAAGGCGAAAAGUAGCAAUAGCGACUCGACCAGCGAUUCUGAAAAUUCCGAUUCCGAGUCGGACCAGGACACCUCGAAAAGUAUCCGGGUGGCAAUGCGAAACAAGAUGAAAGCCUCGACCCAGGCGAUUCUCAACGAGGAGAUUGACUAUCAUGGGAUCAAGUUGAAGGGGCCCUGGGCUCAACUUGCCCAGCAGCAGAUGAAGACGAGCUCGAAUUCGGAGAAUCACGGUGGUCCCGAGUCGGACGACCGACAACUCCUCAAUUCAAUAAGAGACAAGCUGAAAGCGAAACAGGAGGAGGAGAUCAAGGCGAUGAACAGUCGGAAGUUGGGAAUGGAGAAGUCGAUGGUUCAGGAGUUGGAGCACGAGCAGAACAAUCCCUAUCAGAAGAAGGAGGACGAGCUGGCGGCCUGGGGACCGAAAGAGCCGCCCAAGCCCUUCUGGAUCAAGAAAGACGAGGACAAGAACAAUCAGUCGGCGAAGCCGCUCGAGCUUGCCGAGCCCAAGGAGAUGCCCAAGCCGCACAUGGGAUUCUGGACGAAGCAGCAGGUGAAUAUGCCGCCGAAAGUGGAGAGCAAGUCGAGCGAGAAGGAGGAGGAUCGGGAUCGGGAGCGCGAGCAGCGCUACAAGGAUGAGCGGGAUCGGAAGUUUGAUCGGCGGGAUGAGAAGUAUGAGCGGUACGAGGAGAAGAAGUAUGACAAGUAUGACAACAGUAGGAGACGCGGUGGGGGCAGAGAUCGUGAACGGGAGCGCGAUCGGGAGCGGGAGCGCGAGCGAGAUUAUUACGAGGAUCGGCGAAAGCGCGAGUCGGGCGAGUCACCGCGACGUGAUCGGAAUUGGCGCGGCGAGAGUCCGAAGCGCGGUGGUGGCUAUGAGAAGUACAAGGAGCGGCGGGAGGGCAGCGAUCCGAAUGACGAGUCAAAAUUUGAGAAGAAGGCGAAUGAGGCGGCGUCGAAGUUGAAGAAGAACAACUUGGCACCCGCGAAGAAACCCCCGAACGCUACUGGCGGCGGCAGCAGUAGCAGCGGCAGCAGCAGCACCCCCGUGACAAAAGGUAAGCUCCCUUUUAUCGGGCGGCUUCCCCUUUUUAAGAAGAAGAACGAGGAGCCGAAGCUGCCUGAGAAAGAACCCGCUCCUCUGCCCUACGCGCAAAGCAAAUUUGAGAAUACGCCCAAAGUGCCGAGCGAUAUUAUCAAUCCGCCCGGUAUUGUUCACAUCACCAAGUUGGCGACACCUGUUCACUUGAAUAGUGCGAUGGGCAAGCCGCAGAUGAAAAUUCUGGUGGCGCCGCCGCCUCCCGUUCUCAAGGAGAACAACAACAAGCAGACGAUGCAAGUCGUUGAUAUGGAGAUUGAGGACCAGACGGAGGAGGCGGUGAUAGAGCAGUCGUCGUCGUCGAGUAUUGUCGUUGAGCAUCAGAAAGACACGGCCAAAAUUCCGAUACCAGCGUCUCUCCCGCCGCUGAAUCAGCCGCCACCCUCGUUUCUGAAUCAACAGCAGCACCAGUCGCUUCAAAGCGAGAAGCUGAAUUUCAUAACGAAUAGACCGCCGCCGGGGUUUGCCAAUCAUGCUCCUCCGCCGCCCUUCACCCAGAAUCCACCGCCGCCUUCUCGGUUCCAAGUGCGACCGCCUUUUGUGCCGAAUCAUCAGGUCCAGAUGGCGGCAACGAUGAACUAUCCGAAUCCGCCGCCGCCUUUGGGUGAAGCGAUGGCCGCGGAACUCGCGGAGAUUCCCGAGCCGACCGACAAACGGCCCGACGGAUCAAAUCCGCUGCCCGAGGAUCUGCAGGAGGCGUUGAAUAUUAUUUUCCCGAAGGACGAGGUGCCCGAACCGAAAGCGAAUAAUGCAAUUCCGCGGGAGAAUACGGUUAUGUAUACUUCGAUGUAUAGUAUGCUGGGUUGUGUUGGAUAUGGGCCGGAAUAUAUGGACCAUCCUCCGCCGGAAAUCACCCAGCCGGAGCAGGAAAUUGACACGCAGGAUGGAACGGAUGAUUUGAGAAUGCUCGGGAUUGACGAGGGCGAUUGUGUCUUGUAAAUGCAUUUCUUCUCUCUCGCUCUCUCUCUCUCUCUAUCUCUCUCUUCUUUGAGUUGGGUUUCUUUUUUUCUCGAAUUGCGUGUGAGUAACUUGAUACGAGAAUUUGAUGAAUUUUGUCUCUUGGAAGGUGUGCGGACACGUUUUUUUUGUCCCCUCGGACGAAAAUUGUAUUUUUUCAGUUUAAUAUAAAAUAGAGUGUAGGUGGUCGAAUGGAGAAAUGAGUGGAAUGUCUGAAAUGGCGUAGCAUUAUUUUAUGUAUAUUUUAUUAUUCGCAGUGAUCAACUGGUAAAGGCUGCGACCCUUUUUUUUAUGGAGGUAUGUUCACGCCCGUAAGCCUAGUAAUUAAACUUUACUAUUCCAUGAAAAAGAAAAAAAAGUUCCUUCGAAACUUUUUAUCGUUGUAUUUGUAAUUCCUGUGGAAAAGAGUAGAAGAGAAAUUAAUAAAUUACUUGUCUAUUGCA